AUGACUCCUGAAUUCCCUGACUUAAAAUAAUAAAAUUUAGAAGUAAGGAAAUAAUAAUAAAAAUAGCUAUAACAAAAGAAAGAAGGAAAAUUAUAAACAAUUGCGAAUUCUAUCUAUGCAUUGUCAAUUAUGAUAAACAACAAAGAAUAGCAUCAAAUUACUUAAAUAAAGGAUAGUUUAUCACUAUUAUUGGAUAAUAUGUUUAAUAUUUUGGAAACACCCUCGAUGAGAUUUACAAUCUAGCCAUAAUUAGCUUUGAAAAAUCUGCAAUUUAGUAAAACCGAUAGGAUAUCAUUAUAUUCAAAGAAUCCUAGUUUUAAUCCUUUUUUUAAAUCAGAAAAUUCGUAGAGCCUGUUUGAGUAAAUUAAAGAAGCACAGCAAUUAGUAAUAUCUUAUUAAUAUUUGAUAGCAAAUGAAAUAAAUAUUAGGUAAUAUCUUGAUUUUUGAUAUAUAAAAUGAGAAAAGAAAAUACAAUGACUGUUUUAUAGCCGCAUGUUAAAUGAAUGAGAAAUCAAGUUUUUGUUUAUAUAUAUUUAGAUAAAAAGAUUAUAUUUAUUAACUUAACAGGAGUUGAUCAUUGUGAUGAGACACUUUAAUAUGAAUUUUAGGAGAAAUUAAAUUAUUGUUAUUUGAAUUUCAAGGAGUUCCAAUACUUAAAGUAAUAUAAUAAAUUAAAUUGUGAUUAACUUUAUGAAAAGAAAUUUCUUAAUAUAUAUUUUAAUUAUGGAGAAAGCAAGAUAUUUUCAUGGGAUUAAUUUAAAUUAAUAUAUAGACUUCAUAUAAAAAAAUUGAUCAAGAGAAUUAGCUCAAAUAUAUUUAUAUUAUCAAUAGCAAAAUCUCUUAGUGCAAUUGUAAGAUUCUCUAUUCUAUAUAUAGCCCUCAAAAGAAUUUAUUUAGUUUGAUGAUGACUGUUUGCGACGAGUCAUUUAGAAAUUUUGUAAAUUAGGGCAAGAAAAGUUGUUUAUUCAUUUAGUACUUUUAGAUUCAGAGUCUGGAUUUCCUAUAGAGUUGAAAUAAUUAACUAAUGGUUAAAAUUAAGAUUUGGUUAGGUUUAUAAAUUGUAUCUUUUAAGGAGUCAUAGGUAAAAAAAUUAAAUCCAAAGUGGAUUUUGAUUUAGAUACUUAUAGAUAUUAGAAUCCAAUCAAAUACAUAAAUUGGUUGCAGGAAUUUGUAAAGAUAUAAAUUCAAGUAAAAUUGGAUCCGAUAUUCUUAAACAUGUAUAAGAGAGAACUAAGGAACUUGUUCAUGAGCAACACCUAAAUCUAGUCCGAAGAAUUCUUAUAAGAAUCAACAUUAAUGAUUUUGAACAAAAAUGAAAUUUACAGAAAAACUCACUUAUAUUAUGAGCAAAAAAAGUUGUAAUUCCUAUUUAAUUCAAUCUUGCUAGUUGAUUACGAUACUGAAUUGGUCGUUAUUUUGAAAUAAGAUGAAAGUGAAAAGGAUCUCUAUUAUUUAUACUACACCCAAAUUUACGAAGAUUAAAAUGAGCUUUAAUGGUAUUUAAUUGUUAUAUUAAACAAUCAGCCAAAGAAUACUAUUAAAUAAGUACGUUGAUGAUGUGUUAUUGAUUGAUUCCCACAAUAGAGCUAGUCUAUCUGUCAAAAAGAUGAUCCAAGACAAAGAUCAACAUCAGAAAGAUUACAAAAUUGUUUAUAUUCAUUCUUUAAACAGUGAUAUUAUUUUGGAGACACAGCUUCUCGAUAACCCCAUAGUAAGAAUAAUAGAGAGGAUGAUGAAAAAAUAGAAUUAUGUUGAAGCUUAAAACUUGGCAAAACAAAAAUCUAUCAUAAGUGAUUAAUAUCAAAUAUCAAAUCUAUUAAAAAAUCGAAGAGGACCUUGUGUUGUAUAAAAUUCACCAAUCUCAGAAACUGAUUUUAUGGUAAUCGGAGGAGAACUUUCAAAGUAACAUCUUUCUAAUUAUAAAUAGCGAUCGAUCAAUAUGCAAUGUUAUGGAGAUUGUCAAAGUUGAGUAGUUGGCUUCAUUAGGAUUCCAUUCAUACAUAUUAUAAAAGGAAGUGCUAUUCGCUUAAGGAUCAUUUUUCCCUUGGCCUUAUAUGUUUGUACUGUCAUCCAAUCAUAAUCCUUAAAUAUAAUACAUUUUUCUGCCUGGAGAUUAUAACAAUUUAAUUAACUGUUAUAGUAGGCCUAUUGUAAAUGUCUAUUAGUAUUAUGCUUAUCAACUGACUACCUAAAAAGAUAGUUUCUAUUUUCGAUGGCAAAAGCUAAACAUUAUAUAUGAUAAUUCUAAUUUGGGCAGCUCCUAACCUUUUCCUAUACAAUAUUUAUCAGGAAAUCAAAGUAAUAUCUUGUGUAAGGAGGAUUCAAAUAUGACUAAGUGGAUUAUUGCGAAAACAAUAAAUAAGUAAAUUUUAUUAGGUUCUAAAGGCAAAACAGAAUUCUUCAAAUGUAUGGAGAAUUUGGAUUCUAAUGUUUCACUUAAAGAUAUUGAAUAAAUCAUAAUAACUGCGGAAAUCUAUGUCUAGGAGAGCAAUCUAAUAGUGAAAGAGAAAUAUUAUGAAACCAAUAAGUAAUUGAUUCUGAAAAAGAAUAUUGUUGAUCUGAAUAGAGAGGAUCUCAUAAUAUUUGAGAAACCAAAAGAAAAUUGA